CUUACAGCAUUUCUGCGUGGGCAAGGAACCCUAACAAGCUCUUUCCAGAUAUUGUCUUUUCUAGGCAGCGUUCAUGAACCUGGCUGGGCUUCUGCAGAGGGUAGUGAGCUCCUUUAUAUCUUAGCUUGAGGUGCCACACCUUUGACAGGAAGGUUCAGCCAAGUACUUGAUUUAAGAGAAAAAAAAAUUCAAUCCACUAAUCCAACAGCAAGGUGGUCAGUUGUUCUGGUGUGGUCUAAGUGCUUUUCAAUGAAGAAUGAGGACCAAUUUCUAAAUCUAGAGGAAAGGUGUAUCCGAUGCAAUAAAGCUAGUGAAAUCAGAACGAGAAUCCAAGAGGGUCCCAAUAUUGCUGGACUUUUUCAGCCAUGAGCGCCGUGCAGAAAUCCUUCUGUGAACCAUAGAAAUAAUAAACGCUGAGCCCAUUGGAGCAUAACCUCAAUCAGCAAGAUGCCACUGCCUUCCAGAUUUCCUCACGGGGCCCUGCUAAGUCCAUGCCAAAACGAGCAGUGGAUUUCUCCCUUCUAAUCUCCCCAAAUGCCUUAUUCGAUUACUGUCACUGCUCUCCGACCAUGCACUGUCCCUUCAGACUCUCACUUCCCAACUGAGUCAGUCAGAGGAUGCGGAGUGUCCAACAGGACGUACCCUCAGCCCCCAGACCACCUUGUUCCACGUGAAAAGGUGGAUAGGAGGGCGAAGCGAGCAAGGGAUACCCGCAAAGUUUAGCAGGCAACCUUCUGGAUUACUGCUGGACACGGACAAGGAGGAGGGACAUGAGGGGCCUGGAAGACUGCUCUAGGUAACUGGCAGAGGGGAGCUGGUUGGGAGGAAGAGACCAGGAGGAGGGAGAACUGGCAUCUCAGUGCCCUGCAGGAUGGCAUCGCCUCUGCCCUGGCUGUACAUUCUUCUGUGGGUGGAAAAUGCCCUAGGGAAACUUGAAGAUGAGGGCAAACUCUACUCAGAAAACAUCAGCCGGACCCUGGACAACCUGCUUGAAGGCUAUGACAAUCGGCUGCGGCCAGGAUUUGGAGGUGCUGUCACUGAGGUCAAAACAGACAUUUACGUGACAAGUUUUGGGCCUGUGUCAGAUGUGGAGAUGGAAUAUACAAUGGACGUUUUCUUCCGCCAGACUUGGACCGAUGAGAGGUUGAAGUUUGGGGGGCCAGCUGAGAUUCUGAGUUUGAACAACUUGAUGGUCAGUAAAAUCUGGACACCUGACACUUUCUUCAGGAACGGCAAGAAGUCAAUUGCUCACAAUAUGACAACCCCGAAUAAGCUCUUCAGAAUAAUGCAGAAUGGAACCAUUCUGUACACCAUGAGGCUCACCAUCAAUGCCGACUGUCCCAUGAGGCUGGUUAACUUUCCUAUGGACGGGCAUGCUUGUCCACUCAAGUUUGGGAGCUAUGCUUACCCUAAAAGUGAAAUCAUAUAUACAUGGAAAAAAGGCCCACUGUACUCAGUGGAGGUCCCAGAAGAAUCAUCAAGCCUCCUGCAGUAUGAUCUGGUUGGACAGACAGUAUCCAGUGAGACAAUUAAAUCUAACACAGGUGAAUAUGUAAUAAUGACAGUUUAUUUCCACUUGCAAAGGAAGAUGGGUUACUUCAUGAUACAGAUAUAUACUCCUUGCAUCAUGACGGUCAUUCUUUCUCAAGUGUCUUUCUGGAUUAACAAGGAGUCGGUCCCGGCCAGAACUGUCUUUGGGAUCACCACUGUUUUAACCAUGACCACUUUGAGCAUCAGUGCCCGGCACUCCUUGCCAAAGGUGUCUUACGCCACCGCCAUGGAUUGGUUCAUAGCUGUUUGCUUUGCCUUCGUCUUCUCUGCCCUUAUUGAGUUCGCAGCUGUCAACUACUUUACCAAUCUUCAGACACAGAAGGUGGAAAGGAAGGCACAGAUUGCGGCCUCACCUCCAGCGACAAUAGCAAAAGCUCCCGAACCCUUGGAAGCCGAGGUCAUCUUGCAUCCUGAUUCCAAGUAUCAUUUGAAGAAAAGAAUCACCUCUCUGACCCUGCCAAUAGUUCCAUCUUCCGAGGCCAGCAAAGUCCUCACGAGAGCGCCCAUCUUACAGUCCACACCUGUCACACCCCCACCCCUCUCUCCAGCCUUUGGAGGUACCAGUAAAAUAGACCAGUACUCUCGGAUUCUCUUCCCUGUUGCGUUUGCAGGAUUCAACCUUGUGUACUGGAUAGUGUAUCUUUCCAGAGACCCGAUGGAAGUGAGCAGCAGUGUUGAGUAGCUUGCAACCACGGUAACCUGUA